AUGCUAUUGAAAUUCGGAAUAAAUGGCUCUUUCUUUGUGGUGAUAAUAUUACUGACUUACAGUUCUUCUCAUAAAUGGUUCGAUUUCUGUGCUUGGUUUUCGAUAGUAAAUAUUAAACUGAAAAUUACUAAAAGUGGAAAUGUUGAAAUAUCAAGAUUCAUAAUAUUUUCCAAAAUGGAUGUUAUUACACCACAAAGUUUGGGAACAUAUGAAGCAUUUUAUGAAAAAAGUAAAAGAAUUCAACCCUUAAAAGUGGGCCCGUACAUUUUUAGACUAGAACUUGAUCCUCCGAACAAUGAACUUUUAGAAAAAGCUAAAAAUGAACUUAACGAAUCAAUUCACACUGUGAAUAAGGGACUGGCUGAAAUAAGAGAAUUACUUCAAGGUGAACCUGAACUCAAUGUUCCCGAUGACGAUUAUUUUUUGACAAAAUUUUUGAGACCCUUUAAAUGGCAUGCAAAAUCAGCUUUUGAAAUGAUAAAACAUCUCUAUCAUUACCAUCAAAAGUAUCCUGUUUAUAACGAUGAUUUAACGCCAAUGAAUGAUCGAGACGUAUUAACAUCCGGAGUAGUUGCACCACUUCCAGUACGCACUAGUGACGGCUGUAGAUUAUUUCUACUUCAAGGAGGUACUAGAUGGGAUCCAAGUAAAAUAUCAUUAACUCAAAUCUUGAGAGGCAUGAAAUUGCUUAGCGAAUGCGCUGUUUUUGAACCUACAACUCAGAUUUGUGGAGUCCGUAUAUUGUUUGAUUUGGGUGGAUUAACUUUAUCUCAUGCGAUAUGUUUUACACCAAGUUAUGCAAAAGCAGUGCUUGAAUGGGUACAGAAAUGUUUUCCUGGCAGAGUGAAGAGCAUACAUUUUAUCAAUAAUCCCUUUCUGUUCAAUAUGGUUUUCGCUCUGUUCAAACCUUUUUUGACGGAAAAACUGCGUAAAAGAAUACACUUUCAUGGUGCAGACAAAGAAUCGCUGUUAAAAUUGGUUGAUCGCAAAGCUGUACCAAAGUAUAUGGGAGGAGACUUGGAUGUGCCAAUUCAACCACUUGGAAAGCCGGUAUGGGAAUAUUAUUGCAAUUUUCAAGAAGAAUUCGAAGGCAGCGAAACUUGGGUAUCCGAAGAAAAAGUAACAUUCUCGUCAAGCUAUUUGAUUUUCAUAUAUUCUUGCGGUAUAAGUACAAUCUUGAUUUUUGCUUAUUUUUCACUAAAUAUCUUAUACUCCUUCAUCUCUUUUCAGUACUACAUAACUAUUAUAUCAAAUACAUCUAAAAUUGAUUUUACACAACAUAAACAUUCGUUGAUAAAAAAAAGUUUGUGCCUGCACAUCCCUUCAUGUUAUAAAACUAAUUUUCAGAGAGCUAUUAAUACAUUUGAAAUUAUUUUAUAUGAUAAAAAUUUACAGAUCACGUAUAAUUUCUUAAAACUGAAUUCAUCAGAUACUAAAUUUAAAACAUUGUUCUUCGAAAUUAAUAUUUUUGUGUUACUCGAUAGGACGAAUAGUUAUUGUAUCAAAAACUCUUUAUGGUCUGUUGAAUAUAUAUUUGAUUUAACAUAA